AUGAGUCCCAAAGCAAAGUCCAGGUCUCCUCGCCCAAAGGAGGUACCACCAGCUCCAAGUACAAUCGGAGAUGAUGAUAGAGUGACGGGAGAGUCAGAGAGUGUAAAGGUUGCUGUGCGAGUGAGGCCUUUCUCUGAGAGGGAGAACAACGCGUCGUUGACCAGUAUCGUAACAAUGAACGUGAAAAACAAAGUGGUAACUAUAAAAAAUCAAAAUUCCAAGGAAAAGAACCCCACAUCAGGGAAAAAGUCGUUUCAGUUUGAUAAUGUUUUCUGGUCCCUUGAAACCCCUGACGAGUCUGGUGGUCGUCCUGUCGGGCAGCUGGAUGUGUACGAGGCGAUAGGACGACCGCUUGUGCGCCACGCUUUCAAUGGAUUCAACUCAUGCCUAUUUGCAUACGGGCAGACUGGCAGUGGGAAGACAUACACGAUGAUGGGUGGUGACACGACAUCACUUGGUGGUGUGGACGCUGGCGUAACGCCACGACUGUGUCUGGAGCUUUUUCAGACGCGUGAGCAAAUCGAGGCGGAGGGCCACUCAAAGUGGACGGUGGAGGUUGGAUACAUCGAGGUGUACAAUGAGCGGGUGUCGGACCUGCUUGCGAAGCGCAAGAAGGGCUCAAAGGAGGAGGUGUUUGUGGAGGUGCGUGAGCACCCGACGAGGGGUGUGUUCAUUGAGGGUCAACGGUUCUGCGAGGUGUCGUGCCUGGGGGACGUUGUUGAGCUGAUUGAGGCGGGAAACCGCGUGCGCCACACAGCGGCUACUAAGAUGAAUGACCGCAGCAGUCGCAGCCACGCGAUUUUCAUGCUAAUGCUGCGCGAAGAGCGGUCGAUGGUGACCGCAACGGGGCAGACGAUCACUACAGCUGGCAAGAACAGUCGGAUGAAUCUUGUAGACCUCGCCGGGUCAGAGCGCGUCGCGCAGUCUGAGGUUGUUGGACAGCAGUUUAGCGAGGCGCGGUACAUCAACCUCUCGCUGACGACGCUUGGGCGUGUGAUUGACAUGCUAGCCGAUAUGGCAAAAAACGCGGACAGCCAGUGGUCGAUGCCACCGUACCGUGAGUCUAAGCUGACGUUUAUUCUGAAGGAUUCGCUUGGUGGCAAUUCGAAAACAUUCAUGAUUGCGACGAUCAGCCCGAGCGUGAUGAACUAUGAAGAGACACUGAGCACAUUGCGCUAUGCUUCCCGAGCGCGUGACAUUGUCAAUGUGACGAAGGUGAACGAGGACCCGCGUGCACGGCGCAUCCGCGAGUUGGAGGAGCAGAUGGAACAGAUGCGACGGGAUAUUCAGGGUAAGGACCCUGCGUAUGUGGCGGAGCUGGAGGAGAAGCUUGUGCUCCUGGAGGCAGAGGCCCAGAAGCGUGCUGCGGAUCUCCAGGCUCUGGAGAAGGAGCGCGAGAAGAACGAGAUCCGUGAGAUGAUGCUCCGUGCGACGGAAGUAGAGCGCCAGGAGUUGCUGGGAAAGGCUAGUGAACUCGAGCGGCAGGUGGAUGAGUCGCGAAGGCAAGCAGCCAUUUUGUCCGAGAAUAAUGCUAGGUUAUUGCGUGAGCGUGAUGAAAAGGAGAAGAUGAUGUUGCAAAAACUUCGUGAACGGGAAGUUUCAUUAGAGAACCACCAGGAAGAGUGGCGGAGUGCUUUGGAGAUAGAACGCGCUUCUGUUCGACAUCUGCGUGUCUCGUGUGAUUUGUAUCGAAUGCAAAUUGAAGAAAUGAAUACGCGAUACGAGGCGUCUGUCGAAUAUUUCAUGGGAUUGUUGAAUUACAAUGCUUUGUUUUGGGUUUCCGGUUCGGAACAACAGCUAAAGCACCGUGAGAAGGAGCGACAGAAAGCUGUUGAGGAGCAAUUGAGGGAUAGUGCGGAGGAGGUGGCUCGGCGUCAGCGUAAGUGGGAUUUGGCUAUGGAGGAAUUAAGAAAGGAGAAAGAAUCCACUGCUGAAGCCUUACAGAAAUUAAGUCUGGAUCAAAGGAAUACACUGAUAAAUCUAGAGUCUCUCCAAAAAGAAAAUGAUUCGAUUACAGAAAGACUUGCAGCGGAAAGUCAGCGGUGCAAGGAGCUGGAAGCCAAGCUUGGUACUUCAGAGACACUGCAUAAAAAGCUUGAAUCGGCAAACAAUGAACUAGAGAAAAUAUUGAAGGAAACCAAAGAGGAGGUGCAGGCGGGUGAAGUGAGGCUCAAGGAUGCCGCAGCAGAACGUGAAUCAAUGAGUAAUGAUUUGUUAUCUUUGAAAGAUAAGAAAACUGAAUUACAACACCUGUAUGACAGCAUGGAAGCUGAGCUUGGUGAAAUGAAUAAUAAGUACCUAAACAUUGAAGAAAAACUUAACCAUGAAAUUUUGACAAAAAAGAGCCUUGAAGAGGAAUUACAGAGUGUACAAAAGGCAGAAAACGAGCUACAACAUAAGUUAGAUGCUUUGAUACUUCAAAAUAACGAAAUAUCACAGCAACUCCUUUAUGCUAAAACGGAACUAAAUGAAAACGUUAUAACAAUAAAAAAUCUCCACAACGAAGUAGACAAACUAGCUGAGAACCUUCAUAUUGCAGAAGAGGCAAAAACAGAAGUAGAGCACAACCUAGACUUUUUAAUCAGUGAACGUGACGAGAUAGUACAUAACCUUCGUUCGACCGAGGACGCCAAGGCUGAGGUGGAGAAGAACCUUGAGACUAUGACUGGUGAGCGCGACGAGCUUGCGGAGAACCUGCGUGCUACUGAGGACGCCAAGGCUGAGGUGGAGAAGAACCUUGAG